GGUUCUCCGCGUUCCCGCUCUCUCAGAAGUCUACCCCGACGAGGUUAAGACAAGCCCAACGUGCCGUGUUGUCCAGGCGGUGUGGGCGAGCCUUUCGGCAUCCUCGUUGGCGCACUGACGAGGUGGUCAGAGCAGCGACCUGGGAACUCGCCCAGGUCGGACGUUGAGCUGCACCUUGCGACGCCAGGCGUCCAGAAGCCAGCUGCCCGGCCACUUCGGAACGCACCGCGCCCGCCGAUCUCAACGGACGCGACGGGAUUCCUCGCGAAGUACAUCUUUUGGACACCGAGAUGUCGCAAGCAAAGCCGUCGAAAAAGAAGUCAGACCACGAGUACGCCGGCCUUGCGGAAGAUAUCAAGCGUCAAGCACAGGCCAAGGCUCGAAAGCAGCCCAAGAAGCGGCCGAAGGCACUGCGCGACAGGAGGGCCUCCAAGAUGCCCGUCCUGAAGCAGGAGUUGCCCGCUGAGACCGCUGCCGUACAGCAGCAGCCGCAGCAGCCGACGCAGCAGACGCUGCUGCAGCAGCAGCAGCAGCAGCCGAUCAGCUCGGCGAUGUGCGCGGGCCAAGCGCUGGUGGAGCAGUGGCACAUGCAAGGCGCACACACCGCACCGGCGCCGUCUAAGAUAUCACCACAAGGGUCGAAGGGCUCCCGAGCAGCGUCAACGACCACCCGGAAGGGGACCAAGUCGGGAGGUGUGCAGUGCACCCACCAUACGCUGCUGGUGGCGGCCGUCAUCGCAGCCACGGUCCUGCUCCUGGUGACCGUCACGGGCGUCUUUGUGGGCAUCAGAGUGGCUCGCGGGAAGAACAACACGUGCCUGACCGAAGGGUGUCUCCGGUACAGCAAAGCCCUGCUCGAAAGCAUGGACACGUCGACGAACCCGUGCCACAACUUCUCCCGAUACGUGUGCGGCCGGUAUUGGAACCCCAGGAACUACAGCGUCCAGGAGGAAGCCCAGUACCAGUUCCGAAAGGAAAUAGGGAUGGCGGCGCGCAACACAAGCCUGACGGCCACGGGACAGAACGAGCUGCAGAAGACGCUGCGCUUCUUAAAGUCCUGCUUAGAUGUCGUCGAGAAUAAAGACAUCGACAACACGGACACGGUGCGGUCCGGUCUGGGCGACGCCGGUAUCGGCUGGCCCUCUCUGCAAGGCGCCGACGCUGACACGCUGCUGAAAGCCACGGUGCUCUUUUCGGAGUACCUGGGCUGGCCGAGCCUCUUGGACUACGCUAUCGAGCAUGGUACCACGUAUGCCUCGCAGGUGACCAUCUUACCGUCCCGACUAACGAAGGCCAUUGUGUUCCGUGGAUAUUCGCAUCGGAACAAAGAGGGGUUCCGCCACUUCUUCACUCUACUGACCCACAACUACGCGCGUGCCGCCAACGGCAGCGUCAACGUCACCAACAAGGGCAACGUCACCUUGGAGGAGGUCAUCAGCGCCGAGCAGCGUUGCGUCACCUAUCUAGAUUACCAGCAGGGUGCCUCAGACACGGAACUCAGUUUCGUGGACACGAAAGACACACUUCACGCGGUUGUUGAGAAGGCCUUGUUCAUGGAGCCGAGAAAAUAG